AAAGAAAUUGCUUUUUAAGAACCAAAAAAAAAAAAAAAGAGAUUUCACUCCAUCACCCGUGAAUCGAAACACGAGUCGCUGACUCCGCAGUCAUGGCAAACGAUGGAUUCUACCACUAGACCAAUGAUGCUGCUUUGCUGAAGAACCUCAGCUCCCCACCUUGUCCCAAACUUUAACCACCAACUCUGUACACCAAAAUUAGGCAAGUGAGACAAGCCCCAAGAGUCAAUGAUGACAUGAUAUCUACCCCGAAACACUAAUGUUUCAGUAGCACGCUGAUUAUCAAUUUGACUGGUGAUGGGCAACAAACAACGCUCCAUGACGAAAAUAGUAUGGCCAACUUGAGACUUUAGACAUUGGGUUUGUGCUUUGGGUGUGAAAAACAUAUACUGAAGAGGUUCUUUCGCGAUGUCCGUCUAUUGGGCGUUAUAUACAUAUAUAUUUAUAUAUAUAUAUAUUUGCGGGGUUUCAAAGGGUUAAUACGUCCCGCUAUUAUUGUGAACAUGGUUUUCUCUCAGUCACCAGCCGAACUUUUCAACGAGAGUGAUUGUCCCGGGUUGUACUGUGGAGGAAUGGCCAUUUGACGAGCGAAGUUUAACCUACGAAGCUGUGCUUUGCAGAUUGCUGUCAUAGAAGAUAUCUAAUUUUAAAGGUCCGAAUCCCCAAUUGAUCGACGGGAUAUCAACGCCAAAUUGCCCCUUCUGUCUGGCUUUUGAGCCAGCCCUGUAAAGGGGGUUAGCAAUGAGAUAUGAUGAUAGCUGUCAGUAGAUCACGGUUCUAGACGUUUCCUGCCCCUAACGGUUAUCGGAGUGGGGUUAUCGGAGUGGAGCAAAACAAUCCGCAGCUUGGAAUGAAAAAAAAAAGAAAAGAAAAGAAAAGAAAAGAAAAGAAAAGAAAAGAAAAAGAGAAAAAAAGGUCGUGUCGCGCUUAGCAUCGCAGAUAAUUCCGCCUUCUGUACUCCGUACGGACUGGUAGAUGGAGAAUAUAAAGAUGUUAGAACGGGUGUGCAACAUUGUGUAGCUUCCAAUGGUUCCCUAGCCCAUGACUCAGGAUGAAGAGAUACAUUCUUUACCCUCUCAUCAGAAGGUAAAUGCUCUGCUGAUUGGAAUAGUAAAUAAAGGGGGUUGCUAGGGCCGAGAGCGAUCUGAGGACAGGGAAUAUUAUUAAUCCGACCUCCUAAACCGAUCUUGCGAUCGUGGUGUCUUGACUGCAUCUCCUCUGAUGACAUUUCCCAUAAAACGACAAUUAGCUGAGAAGUGCGACUCAAUUCAUGCAUGUUACCUCUUCAUGUAUCAGAGAGAGAAUGGAACCUCGGAACCUCUGCUGGAUGCGAGAGCAUCGAUCAUUAAACAUGGGUUCCUGUGAGGGUUUCUGUGACGCAGCAAACUAGGAUCGGCUGACUGUCUACAACAUUAAGCUGAAUAGUAUGCAUCUUUUCGGGAAGGCCGGCAAAGAGGUUUAUUUAUUCAUCAGCGUCCGCUGAUCACAUCUUGACGACUUUCUGUUGAAUUUGUUUGUCACCCUUUCUGACGCGGGCCAAUAUCCGGCAACAUGCAGAACACAGCAUUGACAACUCACGCAAGAAGUCUACCCCUUAUGUCGUGAUACAUUUCUUGGCUAUAUGAGAAAGCUGGCGCAAUCUACAUACUUCCUCUGUUCAGCAUUGGAACCGUCACGACCCCCACGGGUGCGCGAGAAUGUGGGAGCCCUAUUACCGGUGCAGUCACCAAAAAUACCCUACAGCUACUUUUGGGGCAACUAUACCUAGCCUUUGUUUCAGGGACCUCGCGACGUAUCAAAUAGGUGUCACCAACACUGUCCGUCAUGGUCGCGCGUUUGACGCGGCAUUACUUGUCCCGAUUGUCAUGCUUAACACAUGCACUUCUCAAAUCCAUCAGCGAGUCAAUUCCCUCGAUAUUUGGUGGUAGUCCCGUACAGCAUGUUUACAUAUACAGUACUUUUUUAACAAAGCCACACGUUUGCCGAAACCCAUUCUUAUCUCGUCCCACAUAAUCGAGCUGCUAUGUAGAGCCGCGUAGACUCAUUGACGAAGCCUGUGGAUCCCUAGUGCGCCUUAAUAUGGGCGCACUAACAUUUAAUAUCGGAGGCGCUCAGCACAUCCAUCAUAUAAGCAUCGAUGCGAGCAUUCAAAAACGGAUGAUGUGCCGUUAUUCCUUGACACCACUCAUACAAGUCCGGCGAUGACAAUGCAACGGUUUUAGAAAGAUUCCGCCGAAAUGUGGGAGCUUGAACUUUUGACUCCGAGUCCUUACUGUCUCUUCUACAAAUGCAGGUCCUGCCAGCGUGUACGCCGAAAUAAUAAUUGAUGUGCGCUUCCGCUAUUAUCAAACUCGGGGUGGAGGGUGCACCUUCCCUUGAACUCGGUCAAACCGGCCAAACCAAAAUAUUAACGACAAAAGCAAGAUUCUCUAUGCUCCCAGCAUAAGAUAUGCUACAUGGCAUGCUACGGCAUUCAUCCUUUGAGAUUUAACGUUGCCUCUUGUUAGAAUAAGUCUAACCUUGGCUAUACCGGUCAACUUUGGUUUUUUAAUUGCAGGGUACUCAAUGGUUAAUAGGACAAAGAGUUAGAUGAUCACCAGCUAACAGGGCUACCUAGCAAAAUUCAGAUGCGUUUGCUGUUCCAGUGAGGUUUUCUUGCGCUUUAACCCGUGCCGCCACUACCAGGAGACCAGACAAUGGGGGAAAAAUGAUUGUUUAUCUUCCAACUUCGAUAUGCGUGUGAACUGAUGUGUAUCUGCUUGGGGCGCUGCAGAAGCAGGUACAGGUAUUGUUUUUUCAAGCAAAUUGAUUCUCUUUGUUCAUUUUAUUGUGCAUGGAUGUAUAUGCAUAUAUCCCCAUGUAUGCACAUCUAAACUCUUCAAACACUCGCUGUACCACUCUCCCUUGUGUGAUAUUUCAGUUAAUUUUUAUUUAGAGAUCAAUGGAUUGGCAUGCGUUGGCCUGCAUUUAUUGCUGCCCGUGCUCUGAUUUUUAGAGCUUCGAGUCUCUAGUAUAAAGUUCUACACUCGCGGUUCAUUCGAGGUAGGUAAGCUUCUCAACAGCUCGUCAGUCACAGCAUCCUGGCACCGAGCUAUUUGGCUUUUGUAUCUGCUUUUCCAAUACUAGAAGCUCCACGAUUUGCUUGUUUCUUCACUUGGUUGCCAAACCGCUGUUCCCACACCACACCAUGCACCUACAGGGUGCUUUAGUUAUUCUUGCGGCACUUGGGGUCAAUGGAUUGCCAACCCUAGCACCGAAAACACUUCAGGAACGAGAAGGAGAACAACUCGUGCCCAAUACAGGGGGCUUCGUCAUCGAAAAACCAUGGUGUACGCGGGCCUACGAGACCGGAAACGCCAGGCGUCAAGGAAACUUUCGAUGGAACAAGUUGUUGCGACCUUCGCAGCGUUUUCCGCAGCCGACUCAGAGACCCCCAACGAUGAAACGUCAAAGAAAUACCGAAGGUUUCUGGCCGCCGUCGUGGCCAAACCCUCCUAAGGAAGGACCUCCUGCAAGCGAAACUAAUAACAAGAUAAGAACUACGAUACCCCUAGCGAGCCCGACAAGCGGAUCCUCGCCACUACGACGAAGGUCUGCUCAAACAACUCCACUUGAGAGGCCGGAUAGGCCUACACAGCCUGGGCAAACUUCAAGUUGCAACGGCUGGUACGAUAUUAAGGAAGGCGAUACCUGUGAUACAGUGACUGUGAAGUUCAAUAUCAAGAUGGAACAAUUUCUGGAGUGGAAUCCUGCUGUCUCGAAGAAUUGCGACAAAGAAAUCGAGCUCAACUUUUCGUACUGCGUGAGAGUUCUCGGGUCGAAGAGAGCCAAGCGCACAGACCCGUUUACCUUGACUAUUCCCACCACCGCAGCGCCCUCCAUAACGCCACCAUUUGGGAAUGGUAUUCAGGCACGAGAAAAUAAUGUCCAUCCAGUGACAGUAGGACCCCAUCGGGUCCUUCUCCCGCCGAAUCGGGCACGACGAAUGCCAACCGUGACUUUCGACGCCGAUCAGCCCCAUCCAGUGUCCUUAACACCUGAUGGCAUCUUAAUCGACCCGGCUCCAGGGGUUGAGGUCCGUCCAAAAGUAAGACCCGAUGGCGAACUUCCCAGGCCUAUUCGGGCCCGAGCAACGCAAAUUCCAGAACCGUUGCCUGAGCUCCCCCCACUUUUUGAACCAACCCAGACCCCAACGGUUGAAGACAAAAGUGAGAAACGGAACGAGAUACCAGAGAUUACCAGAAGGCAGACAAUCGAAUGCGCCAGGCAGUGGGCGGUGGGGCCGUAAGUGUUUCUCUCCCCCUUCAUUCCUAUUCUCCAAAAGGAUCAUAGUUACUUUCUCCGCCCAGACUCCUACCAGGCUGCCCGUAGUCUUAAGCUGACGUUAUGCAACCCUUUCAAAGAAACGAUACGUGCGAGUCCAUAUCCAGGGUCGCGGGAAUUUCCGUCGCAGAGCUCGUAGCGCUAAAUCCCAUUACCCUCGCAAGCUGCGAUAACAUGCCCCUAUCGCAACAAAUCUGUCUGCGCGCGGGAAAACCUGAACCCGCUCGCCCCGUUUCCAUGCGGGACCUCCCACUCCUAAGCCCCACGCCAACUAUCAAGUAGACGUAGAUAGACCGUUCGAGGAGGCCAAACGUGAAUGACUCUCUGUCUCGUGUAUGGUCUCUCUCUCCCUUUUCUUUCUUUUCCAUCUUUACUUCUUUUUUCGCUUUUCCACAGUUCUCUUCUCUCUCCGUUCGGUUACUUUAUUUUAUGCGCGCUUUUGGGGGGGGGGAACAGAGCGGAGAGUCAAGUCGAAGCAAGCGUUGCUUCGUUUACACUCGUUCAUCCAAUUAUUGAGAGUGAGCAGGAGGACCAGGAAUUUUGUUCUUUUGAAUUUUAUGUAAGGGGGUAGAUACAACUUCAGACGGGCCAUGACCAGACGGACAUUUAGAUCUGGUUUUUUAAAAACAAGAAAAAGAGGUAUCCGAGUAAUUCUUUUUCUACAACCAGCAGCGGAGCAGUAGUGCUGUCAUUAUAUAAGAGUUAAACAGAAAGAAAUACAGCACAGAGAGAAUUAAAAUAAAUAACCACAUCCUUUUACAAUAGUGUUCUUUACGCAUAUUUAGAGAAGAAGCUAAAAUGAAAAAAUCUCAACUCAAAAAAAAUAUGAAUUCAUUUCCUCCCUCUUUAAGUUUCAUUCAAACGUUCUCUAUAUUACUUAGUUAUUACACAUAAAAUAAACAAGCAACUCGUGA